CAAUAAAAUUUAAACCAAUCAAAAUAUAUUUUUUCAUUCAAUAUUGGUGAAACCUAAUCACUGCAAACAUGACGACUUUCUAUCGUAGCGCUGAUAUGUCACUUUGUCAAAUUGUACUGCAUAAGGAAUCAGCUUUUGACUGCAUGAUUGCAUUAGGUUAUUUGGGGCAAGUGGAAUUCGUUAGUAAUUGGAGGACUGAUAAUACUGAUGCUGAAAAUGAAUACGCAAUAGGAGUUAAACGUUGCAUGGACUUGCUCAAAAUUAUUGAGCGUAUAGAAGAGGAAAUGGAUGAAAGCAAUAUAAAAUCAGUGUAUUAUCCAGCAGUUGACACAGAAAAUGUACCAAAAGCUUCCGAUUUACUUGAGAUUGAAGAAAAUAUGGAACAAUUUGAAUCUGAAUUGGAUGGUGCUUUCGGUCAAACACAUGAGCUUGAAAAACACAGAAAUUUUUUGAAUGACCGCUUAUUGGUAAUAAAGAAAGCAGACGAUUUCAUGUCCGGAGCAAAAAAUGAGGGUGCGAUAUUGGCUUAUAGUGGAAGUAUUAUUAUACAAAUUUUGCGUGAUGAAAUUUCUGACGCUCCCACUAGACCACCACUACACUUAAGUUAUGUGACUGGCACUAUACCUAUUCACCGAUUUGCGACAUUCGAAGUUUUAAUGUGGCGCAUGUGUCAUGGUAAUUGUUUAAUAAAACAUGAUCUACUGGAGCUAAAUGAAGAAGCUUUAUCAAAUCCGCGGCGUAGGAGAUACAUUUUUAUGAUUUUCUUUGUUGGUGAUCAACUUCAACAGAAAAUUCUGCGUACUUGCAAAGGUUUUCUUAUUGAACUUUAUGAAGUUCCUGAAACUCAGGAGGAUCGACUUCGUACCUGUCACCAACUUAAAAAAGAAAUAAAUGAUAUAAAUGAAGUAUUGGAAAGUGCCAAAAAUCAUAGAUUACGUGUGCUCAAAUUUGCCGCGACGGAAAUAUACAUUUGGAAGAACCAAGUGAAAAAAAUAAUGCUGACUUUCGCAGAGCUUAGCAAAUUUAGUACACUAGAGAAUUUGGAUAAAUAUCUUGUCAGAGAAUGUUGGAUACCAACAAUGCAAUUAGGUAAAGUACGUAAAGCUUUGAUGAAUGGUGCGAUGCGUGCAGCUAAAAGACCUGGUGUUCCUAUGUUUAUACCAAUGCUUGAUAUACAAGAAUUUGAUCCAGACGAAAGAGAACCACCUACCCACUUCGUUUUGAAUAAGUACACCAGAGGCUUUCAAAAUUUAAUUGAUUCCUAUGGGGUGGCCAGUUACAGAGAACUUAACCCUGCACCGUACACUAUGGUCACAUUUCCGUUUCUAUUUGCCGUUAUGUUUGGCGAUUUUGGGCAUGGCAUGAUAAUGGCAUUAUUCGCUUUGACUUUAAUAGUGAGAGAAGAAAAGAUAAAGGCAAAAUUGGACUCACUAAUAAACCCUAGUGAAAUAAACACAAUUUUAUUUGCUGGCCGCUACGUCAUUCUUCUAAUGGGUCUAUUUUCUAUGUAUACAGGAUUAAUGUACAAUGAUGUAUUUUCAAAAUCAUUUAAUAUUGUUGGUUCGAGUUGGAGAGUCAAUUUCACAUGGGACGAAAUUAAUGAAAGUAAAGAUAUAUCCUUAGAUCCUCGACGUAAAGACCUUUACUCAAAUAAUCCAUGUUAUUUUGGAAUGGACCCCGUAUGGGAUGCAUCAGGGGAAAAUGAUAUUAUAGUACUGAAUUCAAUGAAAAUGAAAAUGGCUAUUAUAUUGGGAGUUGCACAAAUGCUAUUUGGUUACACACUUUCAGCUCUCAAUUACAGGCAUUUUAAAAAAAAAGCUGAUCUAUAUUUAGUGUUCAUUCCACAGUUUGUUUUCUUAAACUGUUUAUUUACUUAUUUGUGCUUUCUAAUCAUAUUGAAAUGGUUCAUGUAUGGCGCAAAUAAGGACCCUCCAAAUAAUUCGGCUUGUGCACCAUCCAUACUUAUUAUAUUUAUAAAUAUGAUAUUAAUGAAAUCUGAUAAAGAAACUAAAGAAGGUUGCGAUCGUUAUAUGUAUUUCGGGCAGCCAGUGAUAGAAAUAUUAUUACUACUGCUGGCCUAUCUGUCCAUACCAGUGUUAUUACUUGGUAAGCCACUUUAUUUAGUACAUCAAAAACGGAAACUUAAAAAAAUACAGGAUGAAGAAGCAAAGAACAGAAAAUUAAGAGACACAUUAACAUCGGUACGCAGUAGUUUGGUGUACACUGUUGUGCAAAUCAAAAAAGAAAAAGAAGAAAAAGUCGAUAUGAGUGAAGUAUGGAUUCAUUCAGGAAUUGCUUGUAUUGAAAGCAUACUUGGUUCAGUUUCACAUACAGCAUCAUAUUUACGUUUGUGGGCUCUAUCGCUGGCUCACGAUCAGCUAUCGACAGUACUGUGGAAUAUGGUAUUUGCGAUUGCACUAAAGGGAAAUUUUGGUUGGCUUGGUGGAAUCAUUAUUUUCGUAAUUUUUAGUAUCUGGGCUGUGCUUACGAUUUCCAUACUCGUUGUAAUGGAGGGCCUUUCUGCAUUUUUGCAUACAUUGCGCUUACAUUGGGUUGAGUUUCAAUCAAAGUUUUACAGUGGUAUGGGUGUGGCUUUUUCUCCAUUUGGUUUUGAGAAAAGUACACUGCGCGCAUAAAGUAUACAUAU